AUGACCUCGGCCGCCGCGCUCAAAGACCUCGCGCGCGAGAUGAUGACGACGCUCUGCAACAAGCGCGACUACGACUCGCCCUUCAUCCAACAGCACGUCUCGCCCUCCUUCUGCGCCACGCACCUCAACAAACCCUCGACGGCCAACCGUGCCGAGUUCAUCGCGAUGCUCUCUACCGCCAUGACGAAAAUGCCCACCUUCCAUCUCGACAUCAGGGACGUCAUUGCCGAGGUGGACGAGGAGAGCGGAAAGGGCAAGGUCUGGGUCUUCAGCAGGAUGAGCGGAUUCCCCGACGGUAAAGUCCAGGAGAGCGUGGACAUGAUGGAGUGGCAGGGCGAUGUCGCCAUGAGGGGGAAGGAUAUACAGAUGGUGGUUGAGAAGGAGUGA